AUGCAGCUCCAAAAGACACUCCUCACCAUUGCCUUUUCAGCCACUAAUGUACUCGCCGACCUAUUUUGGAAAACUGGAAAGUGCUACGCAGCGAAUGGAGAAUCUGAUCCUCCAAAUACAGAAGGGGCAUGCAUCAAACUGAAAGCCACCAACGAUUAUGCUGAUUGUAAUUGGGACGACGGUAGCGACUGCAAAAGCCAAGGGGGCAAGAUUAUCCCCGAACACUGGUCUUCAACCUGCAAAUUCUUGGAUGCCGCUUCUGGAAGCGGCAGUUAG